UGGCGGUCUAGCGAAUAUAUUCGAUCAAUAAAAUAAACAGUUAUAUAUUAACGAAUUAUAAGUUCAACUUUUCUGUUCCUAUCUUCUAGAAGACUUAUCUUUAUAAAGAGGCAACACUCUUCUCUUUCACAUAUCAUCAUUUACUUCUAAAUCUGAAUAAUUUGUCCGAAAAAUAAGAAAGAAUAUCACAAUCAUUUUUUUCCUCUUCAACCUUGAAGUUUAUACGACAAUGGAGCUGAUCCCUGAUCUUCCCGAGCCCGUAGCCCGCGAGUGUCUCCUACGUUCCUCCUACCAGCAAUUCCCUCUGAUCGCCUCUGUUUCCAAACUCUGGCGGCGAGAGAUCAGUCUCCCUGAUUUUCUCCGACACCGGAAAGCUUCGGGACACAGCCAGGAGCUUGUUGUCUUGUCCCAGGCUAUGAUCAAACCGGUUUCAAAACUCGGUUCGGUAAAAACAAUCCCCACUCCCGUGUACCGGAUCUCUGUUCUUGAACCGGAGUCCGGUUUAUGGACCGAGCUGCCUCUGGUUCCCGGAAAAUCCAACGGUUUGCCUCUGUUCUGUCGACUAGCUUCUGUCGGGACCGAUCUUGUCGUGAUCGGUGGGCUCGACCCGGCCACGUGGCGAACCUCUGAUUCGGUCUUCGUAUUCAGCUUCUUGACUUCCACGUGGCGUAACGGGACGAGCAUGCCGGGUGGACCACGUUCCUUCUUCGCCUGCGCUUCCGAUUCCGAACGGAGCGUGUUCGUCGCCGGCGGACACGACGAAGACAAGAACGCGCUGACGUCAGCUCUCGCGUACGACGUGGCCCAAGACAGAUGGGCUUUGUUGCCAGAUAUGGGCCGGGAGAGAGACGAAUGCGCGGCGGUUUUCCACGCUGGCAAACUUCACGUUAUAGGCGGUUACACGACGGCGGAACAGGGGCAGUUUAGUAAAACCGCCGAGUCGUUCGACGUCACCGCGCGGCGGUGGGGACCAGAGACUAGAGAUUUUCUCGCUCCCGGGAUGACUAGCUGGCCUCCGGUAUGCGCAGCCGGCGGAAACGGAGUGCUUUACGCUUGCUGCCGUCGUGAUCUGAUGGUGAUGAUGAGUGGUGACACGUGGCGGAAAGUUGGGGAUCUGCCUGCUGACGUGUGUAAUGUAUCAAACGUGGCGGUAAGGAAGUCUGGAAAGCUGGUCGUGAUCGGUUCGGCUCGGUACGGCGAACCAAGUGUAGCGUAUAAUUGGGAUAUGAGUGAUUCUCGAUGGGAGAAACUGGAAACAUGUGAAAAACACGAAGGUCACGUUCAAGCUGGUUGUUUCUUGGAGUUAUAACAAAGAGGAUGCAAGAUUGGUCGGUUGGUUUCCUCCAUGUGUGACGACUGUACAGAUAUUGUUAAAUUUUCAAAUCCAACAAGAAAUGAGACUACAAAACAACAUUGAUAGUUUCGUCCUUUGAAGCUUUAUCUUUUUAUAUGGAUCAAAAGAAUAAAGUUGGGCAUUUUGGGCUUAUUCGGGUCACAUUAUUAUUCGAGUUAAUAAAUCUACCGUUAAUAUUUGUUGUGUGAUGAA